AUGUGGCGCGCGCUCCUGACUGCUGUGGCUUGAGCGGGAGGCGCACGCGGUAAACGCUUCUACCAGUUUCAAUCCGCGGUGUAUCACGCUGCUCGUGCACAGUACAAACGCUUCAGAAACCGAGGAAUUAUUUCAGAAACUUAAGAUAUUUUGCUCAAAAGGAGGCUGAAAAUCUGAUUGUUUUUCAAUAAUGUGGGUGAUUGCCUUUUCUGCGUGCGUCCUCAUCAUGUCCCUCCUGGACCAAGUGAGUGGACACAGAAUCAUAGUGGGCAAAUAUGGUGAAACUGUUGAGUUGCCUUGCAACAAAGGAGGCAUCAAACUAGAGGACGUCAUAAUAGCUAAAUGGAAAUAUACCAAAGAUGACGGCACCAUCGUUGAUCUUCUGAAAAAGUCAAAAUCUCAGGAUGCCUCGUUCUACCCAGUUGUGGAGUACGAAGGCAGACUCAGCCUAACAAAGGACCUCAGCCUGCAAAUUUCCCAGGCAAAAAUAGCUGAUCAGAAGACUUUGACCUGUACGGUGGUGAUAGGCACAGAAAUAUUUGAGUAUCCAGUUCAAGUGACAAUUCAGAAGGCCCCUUCGCCACCCACAAUCACAUAUCAAGCCAAAAUGAUAGAGCUCGGCAAGCUAACAACGCUGGCAGAAUGUUAUACUAAAGAUGCCAAUCCAGUAGCUAACAUCACUUGGCUGAAGGACUGCAUUCCACUUGUACCUGAUGGGAAAGUGGUCAACAUCAUACCAUCUGUGCAGACGGACAAGGACACCGGCCUCUCAUCUACAUCCUCCAAGCUUGAGUUCACAGCUACUAAGGCAGAUAUGAACGCCAAGUUUACUUGUGCCAUCCAGCAUGAGAGCCUUGCCUCGGACCUUGUGUCUGCUCCUAUGAGCUUCAGCAUCGAUUACCCCACUGGAAAGGUCAGCCUCCAGGUUCUGUCUGCAGUCCCGAUAAAGGAGGGAGACAGUGUGACCCUGAAAUGUGUGACUGAUGGGAACCCCCCACUAACUAGCUACAACUUUCAUAUAGGACUGUCACUAUUGAUUAUUUUGAUAAUCAAUUAGUUGACCAUUUCCUUAGAUUAAUAAUCGAGUGACUGAUAUUAUAUGGCAUCUUAAAACCUACCUGUACAAACAAUUAUACAUAUAUAAUAUUUGUUUUUUUCUAGAUAAAUGCUACAUAUAAGUCUACGCUACAUAAAAAUAUACUUAAUUCUAUCCUAAAAUUUUUACUUUUUAAUUAAAAAUAAAUUCCCAACCAUUAAUGUAUUUUUUUUAUAAUGCAUAAUGAAUAUACAAAUUGUUAUUGUUGUUUUAAAUGCAUGGCUUUCCUGAAUAAAAAUACUACAGUUUCUGUAGCAUUAGUGUUUCUUAGUGUAAGGGAGACAAGGAAGAGAAAUGAAAAAUAGCAAAUUCUUCAUCUCAGAUUAUAAUAACUUUAGCCAAUUAAAAAAAAAAAUUGACUGGUUUGUUUUAGCCAAUGUAAGUUCAACUCAUCCAUUAAAAUGUAGGCUUUAAGGUUGCAAUGUUGUAAAAAAAAUUGUCACAGAAUGGUUGGAGACAUAUGCAAGUGUGGAGUAUUUUAUUUAAAGUGGACCACACAUGAACAAGGACUAGGACUAUAUAACAAACACAAACAUAAACUAGACAAACAUGAAAUACACAUGGGCAUGGCAUGGAUACAACAACAACAAUGACAACAACAAAAUAUAAUGACACUACUCACAACAGAUGAUAGACAAAGAGUGCUAUACAAGCGUGACUUAAAUACUAGUGUUCAUUAAAACCAAAACAUGAAUCAGGUGCAACCGUGGAUGGCUCAGCUAAUAAUACCAGGUCCUGAUCUUCUUGAUCCCUGCUUUUAAAAACUGUCUGCUGAUUUUAUAGCCGAACCCCUUACCUAUCUUUUUAAUCUUACCCUGGAAUGUAAUGAAAUUCCCAGGAUCUGGAAGUCUGCAUUUGUCCUACCACUGUUUAAAGGUGGAGAUCCUACACUUUUAAACAAUUACAGGCCAAUCUCAAAUCUGUCACCAUUGGCUAAAAUCCUUGAAACUCUUGUUAGUGAGCAGAUUAGGGAUCUUCUGUAUGUAAAUUCUAUUUGAUCAAUGUAUCAAUCAGGCUUCAGGAAGAAACAUAGCACAAUUACAGCAGCCAUGAAUAUGUUAAAUGAUAUUACGGAUGCUCUUGAUAAGAAACUGCACUGUGUUUCACUUUUUUCACUGUGUUUAAUUUUUGGCCAUGCGAUCCUAAACCAGAGACUGUUGAGUAUAGGUCUUUCUGAACAUGCAGUUGCUUGGUUUGUAAACUAUCUGUCUGAUAAAACACAGUGAUUUGAGGAGCUUUCUCAAUUUGAGAAUUCAAUGCUCUGUACUCAGUCCUCUCGUAUUUACAAUAUUUAUAGAAACAAUCUUGAUAAAAAUUUGUAAAAUGCAAAUGUUAAUUUUAUGCUGAUGACACCAUUAUUUACUGCUGUGCUUUGCCUCUCAUAAAAGCUUUUGAGGAAUUGAAAACUGCUUUUAAUUCUGUUCAAACUUCUCUGUCUCAGUGGAAGCUUGUACUUAACACUGGCAAAACCAAACUAAUGGUAUUUUCUAAAGCCAAAAAACGGCCCCAGAAGCUUCCACCAAUUACUACUUUUCAGGGUGUUGCAAUUGAUUCUGUAAAUAUCAUAUUAUACUUCAUAUAAAUAUCUUGGGAUUUUAGUUGAUGAUAGUCUUUCUUUUCAACCCCAUAUUCAGCAACUUACAAAAAAAACUGAAGUUGAAACUGGGUUUUAUUUCAGAAAUAAGGAUAAUUUUUCUUUUGAGGCUAAAAGGAGGCUGGUGUUAGUCACCAUUUUGCCUUUGCUGGAUUAUGGCGAUAUUUCUAUGUAUGAAUGCUUCUGCUCAGUGUUUGAAAUAAAUUGACACCCUUUACCAUGGAGCAUUGAGAUUUCUUCUAAACUGCCAAACUCUUACUCAUAAUUGCACUUUAUAUGAAAGGGUUGACUGGCCUUCUCUAUAAAGCCAUUCUGGGGUUUCUCCUGUCUGAUUUGUGCAUUUUUACUAUUUUUAAAAGUAGCUGGCAUUCACUUCGGUCACAGGACUUUAUUUUACUAACUGUCCCUAAUGCUAGAACUAAUCUUGGCAAAAGGUACUCUGCUCUGUCAUCUUGAAAUGCCUUACAAGGUGGCCUAAAAAUAGAAAAACCUGUUUUUAAGUCAUUGAUGAAAGCUUUUGAGACUGAUUCCUUGUCCCAUGUCUUUAACUAGUGUUGUUAGGUUUUUGAUUGUACUUUUUGACUUUUGAUUUGUAAAACGUUUUAUUUGUAACUAUGAAAUGACUUGCUGCUGCCUGUCUUGGACUGGACGCUCUUGAAAAUAAGAUUUGUAAUCGCAAGAGUCUGGUUAAAUAAAGGUUAAAAAAUUAAAGGAGAGGACUCUGAGCUGUUAUCUUGGCAAAGGAAGGUAGCACAAAUUAUUGACUAAAAUGGUGCCAA